UGCAGACUAGAUUUCUCAAAGCACGCGGUGAAAAUCAGGGGCGCGCACACAUACAAACGCACAGUCUACACACUCAGCAUGCGCGCACCGCUAUGAUACAGUAGCGAAGGUACAUAGGCAAGGCAAUGUUCGUUCCUUUUUCGCUAUCAUAAACGUGGGAUUUGAGGGAUUGGUUCUGGUAUCAUCAGGUAGAGUUCCAGAGGUCAACAAUUUUGAGAGACAUCUCUGAUACAAACAGUGAAAGGUGGGUAGACUACACUUUUAACCGACGAGGGAAUUUCAGGAUGUGUGGAGUCGACGUGGACCUGGAUGAAGGAGGGUCGAGUGAGGAGGAGAAGGAGGAGGAGCUCUGGGUGGGGGAGGGUGUGCGGAUGUUAACUCCUCCCGUGGCCCACAGCGAGGGCAGUGCAUGGGGCAGCCGUCGAGGGAGGUGUGGAUGCUUGGCCUUCGGGACAGGGCUGGUUCUGUGGAAUGUGGGUAUUGGGCUGAUGUGUGUCCUGCUCCUGCUGGCUGUGUUCACCCUGGUCCUGCUGCCUGCGUCUCUGCUCCUCUACGCUGGCUUCUUAUGUCACUCACGGGUUCUAGACUCCAAAUUACCUAUCUGCCAUUAUCUUGAUGAUAACAGCUGCUCUGCCCUCAUCAUUCUGGGCUUUGUGAUGAUGUCACCGCUGGUGGUCGUGGCGGCGGCCAUUUUCUGUGGCUUGCUUCGGAGGCUGCGGCUCCUGCUGCUGUUUCAACCAAUCACACGGGCCUGGUACCGUGGGAGAAUCCUGGACUGGGCAGGCAAUGUCCGUGCCUGGGUCUGAUCAAAAAGCGCUUUCAAAAAGAGGAAAAUAUGAGGAAUUGAACUGUCAGCAGGAGAGGGGCUGGUUCCAAAUGAAGUUUGAAGCCUUUCUGCCUUUGCAUCUGAGAAGAUCUGGAUUGUUUUAUGAUUGACUAGUUAGAAUUGUUGCCAUUAGAGCAUAGGGUGCGGGCUCAGGGUUUGAUUUGGGAUCUGGCGAUGUUUUUAAAUGUAUAAAGUGUCCCACCCGUAAAGAAUGUGUAAUCAAAAUGUGAUCCAGUCAAGUGUUUUAAAAGACUAAGAGCCUAAGUUGUCUGUAGCCUUUAAAGGACAACUUGACUGAGCAAAUGCUUUACAGCUUUAAAGGAAGAGUUAGUAAAAAGAUUGUUUGAGCAUACAAGCAUAUACUGUCUGUGGUUUUGUAUGUAUCUAUUAUCUGUAAUGUUAAUGGAUAUUGUUGUGUAUCUUAGUAGCAUGUAGAAUAAUUAGUUAAUGUAUAAUAUUUCAUUCUGAAAUGCAAGGGUAGAGAAGCCAUUGGCAAGUUAUAUUUGUUUUUGCAGAUUGAGGUAUUUUAGUAGUUUCCCACAAACUCUCAGUGAACAUGAACAUGUUAAUGACUUGCUGUCUUUAUAGUCGCUUAUCUCUUAUCCUGUGUUAGAGGGACAGAAUAGAAUUAGCAUACAAUUUUAUUUAGUGUCUACUACACCACCUGGUGUGUGCUUAUUUGUGUCAUUAACCGUUCACAUUUUGGGUCUUCAUUUCUUAAUCAAAUAAACCCAUAUGCAUAAACAAAUGACUCAUGAU